GUUUUAAAGAUGGAUGAAGGGGAUGAAACAUAACUGGUAGAAGCGUGUACACCAAUAUGUCAAGGGUUGCAGCAUCCAUUACCCUUGCUGGUUGAUCUUGAGGCCUUAACAUCCGUGGCAAGAAUGAAGAUACUAGAUAUUCGAGGGUGAUCAGUUGAAAACUCUUAAUAUAAAGUGGAGCGCCGCUGGCGCCGUUGUAGCACUGAUCUCUUCAUCUGUAGACUAGUCCCAGACUAUACAGAUCAGUGGUAUUUCGGGACUUGUUCUGAGAUAAUUAAUGGACAGUGAGCAGGAUUGCUGGUAAUUUUAAGUGUCUGGAGAGCAUGAGAAUGAACUGUUCAAACUCCGACAGAGAUUGCAAACCGAGGGACUUGAUCACCUUUGAUACCCUUUUCAGGAACAGCUACCGCCGAAUCGCGAUCCUACAGCUAAUGCUAGCCUAUUUCUCAUCGUCAGCGCAGUAUCUGGAGCCGCUACUUUCUUGGACUUUGGCUUUAAAAUAUAUAUCCAACCAUUCUCAUGACCAGUACUCGCUUCAGGAGCAACGUAAGUUUUCUAUUAUACAUCAUGCGUACAUCAAUGGUUCUGCGGUCAAAGACUGCAUCGGUAGACCCAUCUGAUUCGUUCACACACACUGGCCCUUGCGAUGCAACACCCAAAUUCUUCACAUGGGAUGAGAUUCGAACCCAUGCCCUGCCAGAGGACAAGUGGUUGGUGAUAGAAGGUGACGUUUAUGAUAUCACCGAAUGGUCGAAAAGACAUCCAGGCGGAAAGGCGAUCAUCAGUCACUACGCUGGACAAGAUGCAUCGGAUGCCUUUAUCGCCUUCCAUCGAGACCUGCAAUUCGUUAGCAAGUAUAUGAACAUGUAUCGAAUAGGAAAGGUCAAGGAUUAUAGCGAGCACAUAUCUGAUCUUUCUCGAGAUUUCAGAGACCUUAGAAACCGGACCAAGAAAAUGGGACUUUACAAGCCAAACUAUUGGUUCUAUGUCUUCCAACUCUCACACAUCAUCGCCCUUGAGAUCACAGCCUAUCUCAUCGUCUCAUUCCUUGGUGGAACCGUUCUUUCCUGGAUACUUGCAGCCUUGCUUAUCGGGACCGGUCAAGUUCAAGGAUCGUGGCUCAACCACGACUUCGGUCACCUGUCCGUCUUCAAGUCCACCAAAGCCAAUCUCUUGGCUCAGAAGUUCGUGUUUUCUGGAAUUCAGGGUGUCUCGGCAUCAUGGUGGAAGUAUCGUCAUUAUUUGCACCAUUCGAAACCAAACGUGAUUGAUAAGGACCCCGACAUCAAAAUGGAGAUCUUUCUAUUGGUUGGCGACACCAUACCGAUCGAGGUGGCUAAGUCAAAGAAAGGUUUCAUGCCUUAUCAACAUCAACAUCGGUACUUCACUGUUUUGUCGCCACUUUUGCUAGUUGUAUAUUAUUACUACGAGGUUUUACGGUUCGUCUUCAAAAGAAAAGAAUGGCUGGAACUUUUCUUGAUGGUGUUAUACUUCAUUCGCUGUUUGUAUCUCUUCACACCUAUUACUGGAAUUGUCGGAGUAUAUACCAUCUUAUAUCUUAGCAGGGUGAUUCAGAGUAUGUGGUUCAUAUGGGUUAGUCAAUCAAACCACAUCCCAAUGGCAGUAGAACACGAUGAACAUGAUAAACAUUGGGUCCCUUUACAGAUGCAUGCUACUUGCAACCUCGAUUCUUCCCCUUUUAUUGAUUGGUUCACGGGCCAUCUUAACUUCCAAAUUGAACACCAUUUAUUCCCUACGAUGCCGAGGCAUAAUCUCUCUAAGAUCCAAUCGCAAGUGGAAUCCCUUUGUAAAAAGUAUGACAUUCCGUACAUCAAGAAGCCAUUCUGGACAGCCAUGAUAGAUAUUCUAAGGUCCCUUCGAAAAUCUGGACUCUUAUGGUAUGACAUGUACCACAUGAACGAUCAACUCAGUGAAGGAUGAUUUACAGAAAUACCGUCAAAUCGGCUGCAUGAAAUGCCACGCUUAUUGCAUGGGACAUGCAUGGGAUUGUAUCGAAUCACGGGGUGAUGGCGUCGACCCGUAAGCCGAUACAGCAUUGCCGCUUCUUUUAUUCAUUCUCUAAUGAGAGUAAAACGGAAGAAUGAGCAAGUAGAAUAAAGGACACGAAAUUCAAAAGGAAACAAAUAUUGUUCAAUAUAUAAAUUGCCAAACACAGAGCACAGUAACUUUCAUAAUAAUUUGUGUUUUUACGGCCUCAUGUGCUGUCGAUGAGAAAUCUAGAUAGGAAUGUAUUUUUCGUCAUUAUUUUGCCAAUUCCCCUUUUCUAAUCAUUUCCCCCUUUUUAUCAAUUUCUUUGAGGAUGCAACUUUAUCAUGACUGCUUUAGUGAAAAGAUUAGGUAAUUUUUGAAAAAUAUGCUGCCUAUGUCUUGUUGGGCGUUUAUAUUGUUGUAAUCGACAGCAUCAUUAUGUCAUAUCUUACAUUAUAUAGGCUUGAUAGCUGUCGACAUAAUGCCAGGUUUUAACGCUGAUUUGUGUUUUUGUUUUAUGUUUACACUUAACACAAACCUAUUUUUUAUAUUCAAGAAUAUUAUUUACCAAGGUAUCAAUAAAUUGGCAAGAGGAUUUUGUUUUGUGGCAGAAUAAUUACGCAUGCAGUGUGACGUUGUGUGGAGGAUAUUCAGAGGUAAAAAAAUACAGGCCUAUUGCUAAAAAUUGCUUUUCAUGAUAACAAGAAUAUUCAGAAAUUGUAAUGAUAGAAAUUAAUCAUUGAUUUUGGAUAGAUUUUGACAAAAAUAUUCAGAAAUAAGAUAUUAUUUCAUUGUUUCCCUUUCCCUCUAUUCCCUCUCUUCCCUUUCUCUAUUUUUUCUUCGGGUUGUGAAACUUCUUGGGACCAUGGCCCCCAAGCCGGCAAGCCCAACAUCUUUACGCCACAACCCUCUAAUCAAUUUUAGUUCCAAACUACAAAUUUGAGUUUCAAGUCUUAUUUAAAGUAUCGAAUUAGAUAUUCGAGUUCUGAAUGCAAUCUACGAUAAAGAUAAUUGAGUUUAUUCACACUUUCGAGUUUCGAGUGAAAUAUUCUGAUUGCGGACACAAUCAUUAAAUAAAAUUGAAGCUAUUUCCAAUAUUACUUUCUAUAUAAAUUAUAUAAUGAAUUAUUCAUGACCUUAAAAGCUUUAUGACUUGUAAUACCAUCAUAUAUUUUAUUGUUUGACAAAGAUUUGUGAGUUUGUUUGAUUAAAUGUCCUCCCUUUAUUUGCAA